AUGACCUUGACGUUCACAGCUCUGCUAUGUGUGGGACUUACUCUGGGCCUCAGGACCCCAGUGCUCGAAGGAACCUCCUCUAAACCUAUCCUCAGAAUACAGCCAGACUCUGUGGUCUCUGAGCAGACUUCAGUGACCUUCUUGUGUAUUGGGACUGUGGAAGCCAAAGAGUACAGGCUCCUUAAAGAGGUAGACCAACGUCAAACACAUGCAAUGAUUCCACAGAACCCUAAGAACCGGGCAGAAUUCUCAAUCUCCAAAGUAUAUCGUCAACAUGCAGGGCAAUAUUACUGUUGCUAUUGGACCUAUGAUCAAUGGUCAGAGUACAGUAACUCUCUGGAGCUUGUGGUGACAGGAGUCUACAGUAAACCCAGCCUGUCAGCCCUGCCCAGCCCUGUGGUGACUGAAGGAGGGACUGUCACCCUCCAGUGUGCCUCAAGUCAGCAAUAUCACAGGUUACUUCUGACUAACAAAGGAUCACAGAAACAGUCCUUUACUAAAGACUCGCCAUAUAAUUACUCUACUAGACAGUUCCAGGCUCAAUUCUCUGUGGGUCCUGUGACCUCCAGUCAAAGAUGGACAUUCACGUGCUACAGCUAUCACAGUUACAGCCCACAGGUGUGGUCAGAACCUAGUGACACCCUGGAGCUCCUGGUCUCAGGGACCCUCCACAAACCCAUCAUCAAGGCUGAACCAGGAUCCAUUGUAGCCUCAGGAAUACUCAUGACCAUCUGGUGUCAGGGGACCCUGGAUGCAGAAAUCUAUGUUCUACAAAAAGAGGGAAGCCAAAAACCCUUGGACAUGCAAACCCCAGAGAAGCCUGAGAACAAAACCAAGUUCCCCAUCCCUUCUGUGACACAUCUACAUGCAGGGCAAUAUCACUGUUACUGUUACAGUUCAGCUGGCUGGACAGAGCGCAGUGACACCCUGGAACUGGUGGUGACAGGAAUCUUCAACAGUAAACCCAGGCUGUCAGCCCUGCCCAGCCCUGUGGUGACCUCAGAAGGGAACAUGACUCUCCAGUGUGUCUCAGGGGAGAGAUAUGACAAGUUCAUUCUCACCAAGGAAGAUCAGAAGUUCCUCAGCUACAUGGACUCACAGUAUAUACACAGUACUAUGCAGUACCAAGCCUUGUUCUCUAUAGAUCAUGUAACACCAAACCUCACAGGGACAUUCAGAUGUUAUGGUUACUACAAGCAGACCCCACAGCUGUGGUCAGUACCCAGUGACCCCCUGGAAAUACACAUCUCUGGCCUAUCCAAGAAGCCAUCCUUGCUGACUCACCAAGGCCAUAUUCUGGACCCUGGAAAGAGCUUCACCCUGCAGUGUUGCUCUGACAUCAGCUAUGACAGAUUUAUUAUGAAAAAGAUGAGGGUAACUGAUUUCACCCAAUACUAUGAUAGGGCCCACUUCACACUGGGCUCUGUGAGCACGCCUUCUGGAGGCCAGCACAGAUGCUAUGGUGCACACAAAAAUGUUGGGGGAGACCACUUGCUUGUAUCCGGACCCAUUGGAGCCUUGACCCCACUACCCUCAAGGCCAAUGACAACAGGUGGACUGGCUCUGAUUGUUGUGCCUGUGGCCCCCGUCCUGGUCCUCAUCAUCCUCAUCUGCCUCCUUCUCAGACGAAGGUAUCAGAGAAAAUUCAGGAAGAAAGCCCAGGAAGAGACAGAAUUGCAGCUUCCUGCAGGAACUGCAGGGCUAACAAACAGAGAUGGGGGCCCCCAGAAGAGAUCCAACCCAGCUGCUGCCACCCAGGAAGAAAGCCUUUAUGCUUCAGUGGAGGACAUGAAAACUAAGGAUGGUAUUGAGCUGGACAGUUUGAGACCACCUGAGGAAGACCCCACGGGAAAGACAUAUGCCGAGGUGAAACCCUCCAGGCACAGGAGUGCAGAAGUUGUCCUACCUUCUGUCCUGUCAAGAGAAGUCCUGGAAAGAAAAGAUGGAAACAAAACAGAAGAGGGCAGAGAGAUGGACACUUAGAUUGGUCCUGCUGCUGAUUCAGAGGAGCCCCAAGAUGUGGUCUAUGCCCAGCUGUGUAGCAGGUCGCUCAGACAGGGGACAGCUGUACCUCCCUACUCCCAGGCAGGGGAAGCCACGGAGGAGCCCAGUGUAUAUGCUGCCCUGGCAGUCACUCGACCAGGUUUUGUUCCCGACGACAAGGAGCAAUGACCUCUGCCUGCCAAGAGUCCUAACAGAGACCUCCAGAGAUUCUGGGAACCCU